AUGACAAGGCGUGGAAUGGGACUGGCCACUGGAUUCGACAGGCGCACGCGGCGGUUUCGCGGCCCCGUCGCCUACCUGCCUACCUACGGCGCCGUCGCCUACCUGCGGCCCUACGGCCCCGUCGCCUACCUGCCUACCUACGGCCCCGUCGCCUACCUGCGGCUCUUCGGCCCCAUCGCCUACCUGCCUACCUACGGCGCCGUCGCCUACCUGCGGCCCUACGACCCCGUCGCCUACCUGCCUACCUGCGGCCCUACGGCCCCGUCGCCUUCCUGCGGCCCCGCCCCCGUCGCCUACCUGCCUACCUGCGGCCCUACGGCCCCGUCGCCUUCCUGCGGCCCCGGCCCCGUCGCCUACCUGCCUACCUACGGCCCCGUCGCCCACCUGCGGCUCUACGGCCCCGUCGCCUACCUGCCUACCUACGGCGCCGUUGCCUACCUGCGGCCCUACGGCCCCGUCGCCUACCUGCCUACCUGCGGCCCUACGGCCCCGUCGCCUUCCUGCGGCCCCGGCCCCGUCGCCUACCUGCCUACCUACGGCCCCGUCGCCUACCUGCGGCCCUACGGCCCCGUCGCCUACCUGCGGCCCCGGCCCCGUCGCCUACAUACGGCUCUACGGCCCCGUCGCCUACCUGCCUACCUACGGCGCCGUCGCCUACCUGCGGCCCUACGGCCCCAUCGCCUACCUGCGGCCCCCCCUUCCCCGCACACCUGCGUUUGCUUACCGCACACCCGAGUUCGCUUCCCGCACGCUUGUGCAUGCUUCACGCACACCUGA